AUGGCUGAGAUAUCAGAAGUUGGUGGAAGCCUGCACACUACAGCUUUGAACAUAAAAGAUGAUGAUUGCUUGACAAUCUCUUCACAAAGCCUCAAAUUUAUACAUUUUGUGCAAAAGUUGAUAGCUAAGUUUAUGGGCACGUACUUGAUUCUAUUCGCCGGUUUUGCGGCUGGGAUGGUGAACAAGGAGAUGGAGGAGAAGCUAACAUUUCCAGGAGUAGCAAUAUUGUGGGGAUUGGAUGUGAUGGUCAUGAUUUAUACUGUUGGGCAUAUCUCGGGUGCACAUUUCAACCCAGCUGUUACCAUUGCUUUUGCCACCUGCAAGAGAGGGGAAUUCGCUGGGCUUACAUUAGGAGCUAGUGUAACAAUUAAUUCAUUAUUUGCAGGGGAUUGA